AUGAUUAGUGAUAAUAAUAUAUAUAUUCCAAAGGUUGGAGAUCAUAUAAUUGGGAUCAUAACUAAUAAAAACAACGAUUACUAUACCGUGAAUAUAAAUAAUUUGUUUAACGGCUAUGUAAUGUGUAUUGAUGGAUUUCGAGGAACUACCAAAAAGUAUAAACCAGCUUUAAAUAUCGGUACUUUCCAAAUAUUUAUACAACUAGACAAUGUUAAUUAUAGAGAUGUUAUAUUCUGUUAUGUGUAUAGUGUCAAUAAUAAUAAUUUGAUUGAGUUGAGUUGCAUAACGACAGAUGAUAAUAAGAAUUGGUCAACUAACGAGACUUAUUUUGGCCAACUCUCAGGAGGGUUUUUAUUCCCAGUUCCCCUGAAUUACAUCAAAAUAUUAUAUGGAGAAGAUAAUCUAGUAACUCAGUUGCUGUCCAAUUUAAAGUAUGAAAUAGUAUUAGGAUUUAACGGAAGGUAUGACGAAAAUAGUACAUUGUCUUAG